CUCUCUCUCCAGUGUCUCUUUCCUCAUCAGUUUCCCUUUCCCUUUUCCAAACUCUCUUCACAUUUACUUCUUUCCUUCAACCAUGGUUCCCUAUAUAUACAACACCCUAUUCUUCACUCCCUUUAGCACCAACUCAAUUCCAAAACAAAACUCUUAUCUUCACUUCUUUCACUAUCAAAAACUUUUUCCACUGUCUUCAUCAUAUUAACAUGUUUCCAAAUGACAACUCCUCCACUUCACAUCCAAGUUCCUCAAAAGCUUACACUUCCUCAAACACGCCAUUGCCAAAUUUAGAGAUUCCUCAUGAUAGGUCAGUUUUCAACGAGGAAGUGAGAUUAGCCGAGAGUACACCGAAGAAGCGUGCAGGGAGGAAGAAGUUCAAGGAAACACGCCACCCGGUAUAUAGAGGUGUGAGGAAGAGGAAUUUAGAUAAGUGGGUGUGUGAAAUGAGGGAACCUAACAAGAAGACUAAAAUUUGGCUAGGGACCUAUCCAACGGUCGAGAUGGCAGCCCGAGCCCAUGAUGUCGCGGCAUUGGCAUUGAGAGGUCACAGUGCAUGUCUCAACUUUGCAGACUCGGCAUGGCGACUACCUGUUCCUGCCAGUACCGCGACAAAAGAUAUACAAAAGACGGCUGCAGAAGCUGCCGAGGCUUUUAGACCAAAUAAGACUUUACUAACCAAUGACAUUGACACUGACACGGCUGUAGCCGCCGUACCAGAGGAGCAACUUAUGUUUGGUAUGGAAGAAGAAGAGGAGGAAGAGGUGAACAUUCCAGAGUCCUUGAGAAAUAUGGCACUAUUGUCUCCUACACAUAGCUUGGAGAAUGAGUUUCAUUAUAAUGAUGCAGAACUUCAAGAUGUUGAGGUGUCACUAUGGAGGUUUUCCCUUUAAUUUGUUAGUGUUUUGUUUUAGAACAUUGUUUUUUAAAUCCGUUGCGGUUAUAAUCAUUUAGAAGUAGUUUUUAGCUUUGGUGUUAUUGGUUUUUGCUGCGAAAUCGGUUCUUAGACUAAUGGGGGACUUGUCAUUUUAGAGUGUAGUUUGUCUUGUUGUAUUCCUACUAAUAUCUAGUCAUCUUGUGUUAUUGUAUAUCAAUUUUAAUAAUAUAUUUGUUGUUUU